AUGGCGCUGGCCGCCAUCGCUCGCUUCCUGCACGAGGAAGGGUACACGACGGCGCUCGAGGCAUUCACGCGAGAGGCGCAGCAGGUCGCCGGGUGGACGUGGCCGUCAGCAUCGCCGGCCAGCAUCGACCUGCGCAAUCUCGUCGAGGCACACAUUGCGCAGCGCAAGCAGAAUGCACUGGCGGAGGAGAAGAAGCGGCAUGGGAGAGGCCAGCUCAGCGCCGCACCGCUCCCGUCGCCCACCGAGCUCGUCCUGCCCGGCCCGGCCACGCUGCCGUACUCGCUCGUCAAGACGCAUGCCAGCUUGCACGCGUCCAACAUUCUCUCCCUCAGCGUGGUCACGCUGCCUACACGCUCCUUUUCGACCACGCAGGCAGAGUACGUGACGCAAAGCCGCAAGCUGCUCUGCUCGACGGCAGCAGACAAGACAGUCGUCUUUUCGGAGCCCGAGUCCGGCGAGAUGGUCGAGGUGCUCGAGCCGGCACCGUCCGCUGCUGCUGCUGCUGCUGCACCUGGCGCGGAUGGUGGUGGAAAUGCAGCAGCUGGCCACAGUGCUGCCGUGCUCUGCACCGCACAACACCCCAUAGAACAGAGAGAGCUCGUCAGCUGCGGCAUGGACGCCAAAGUCAUCAUCUGGGAUCUCCUGCACCGCAGAACCGUCCAGACGCUCAGCCAUCACACCAAGUUUGUCGUGCGGUGCGCCUACUCGCCCAAGGGACAAUACCUGGCCACGUGCAGCUACGACAAGACCGUCAGAGUGUACCGGAGAGCGAUGGCACAGAGGCAGGCCGAGGACGAGGACACGGUCGAGGUCCCUCUGAUCGAGCCGCGAUACGAGCUGGUGCACACGGUCGAGACGAGAAACAACCCCGAGGCACUCGUCUUUGUCAGGGCUCCCCUUGCUCCGGCUGUGGACGAUGUCGGCGUCAGGAGCAAAGAUCGCGUCCUCGGUGAGCGGGGUGAAUCAGCGCCUUCAUCCGACAAUGCCUCUCCCUCGCUGCUCGAAGUACCACGUCAGAGGACUUGGCUUGUAUACACGAUGAGGAGCGACUCCUUCGUCCACUACCUCGCCCUGCCCCUCGAUGCCGACGCCGACACCGAUGAGGCCCAGGCGAGGGCAAACGACGUAGAAACGAGGGUAGACGAGACGGGCAAGAGGCUGGCACACAUGUCCGUCGCCUCCCCUUUCACGGUGACGCCGGCCUGGGAGGUGGUGAGCUUCAACACGAACCUCACGGCCGAAGAUCUGCACGUGAGCUACUCGCUCCUCUUUCUCACCUUGCACCCGCUCGGCACGCACAUUGGCAUACAGACGGGCGACCACAGCAUCCCCACGACGGGCUAUGCCCCCGCCUCGUCCUCUCUCUCGAGGAUCCUGCUCCUCCCGGUGCUCUCGUCGAAGAGAACCGCGACGCUAUGGACGGGCGUCGCAUCGAGUGGCUUUGCAACCAACCGCCACGCGUGGCUCAAGGACGGAACGGGUGCCUGGCUCACGGGCGAGGAUGGCCUGCUGAGGCUAGUCGACAUGGCAGGAAAGGUCCGAGCAUGUAUCCCCGCCCACGGAGCAGCCGCCGAGGCGCACCAACGCGCCACGCUGGGCACGCUACUAACGACGAGCUGGAGCAGGGGCGGCAACACCAUCAUCAAGGACGUCGUCGUGCUCGAUGAGCACGGCGACCGGAUAGCCAGCUGUGGAUUCGAUCGAUGUAUCCGUGUAGUCGAGAAAAUUCCCGAAGGGCUUUCAUGA